UUUUUUUUGAAUUGCAGCUAAGAGUGAGUGAGAAAAGAAAGAAACACAAUGGUGGCCCUAUUUUCUUAAUUCUUCUUUUCCCUAUCUUUUUAUCUUUUUAUUAUUCUUUUCUUGUAUAUAACUGGAAAUAUAUAACAAGUUCAAACUAUUUUUUUUUUGUUUUAAAAAAAGAAAAGAAUGGAAGAACUUUAUAAAGUACUUUAUGACUAUGAUGCUCAACGAAAUGACGAACUAUCUUUGAAAGUUGGUGAUAUAGUACAUAUUAUUCAAUAUGAUAGUGAAGAAUGGUGUGUUGCUGAAAAUAUGGAAACAAAACAAGAAGGCGCAGUUCCUACUAACUUUCUUGAAAAACUAAAUUCUGGUCAAAAUAAUACUACUAUUGAUAAUGGUCCUAUUUUGGCAAAAGUGUUACAAGAUUAUACUGCUCAAGACCCUGAAGAACUCAGCCUUUGGAAAAACGGUAUUAUUACUAUACUAGAUCAAUCUAUAGCUGAUGGUUGGUGGAAAGGCGACUUAAAUGGCAAAACUGGUAUCUUUCCUUCUAAUCACGUGAAACUUAUCGAUGCACAUGAACAAAGUAUGGAUGUAGAUGAAAACGACAAGAAUAAAAGACAAUCCUUCAAAUUGGCCGCAUAUGGAGUGAAACAAGGUGGUAUUGGUAGUAUCUUGGCUGGUGGAUUCAAUUUGCGAAAGAAAACAUCAAAGAAAGAUGCAGUACCCCAAGAAGAAAUACCAUCAUCAUCAUUGAAUCAACAACAUCAAAUCCCUACUCUAUCUGAUAAUUCAUCACAAGAAGAGGCUGAUAAACAAUCACCUGAUAUACGUGAAAAAGCUAUGGUAAUCAGUUCUUAUGAUCCUCAAAAUCAUGAUGAAUUACAGUUGGUUCCAGGUGGUUAUAUUACUAUUGUUGAUAAACUGGAUGAUCAAGGAUGGUGGAAAGGAUUGAAUGAGAAGAAUGAAGAAGGUGUAUUCCCAUCUAACUUUGUGCAGAUAUUACCUCAAGAAGGAACUCCUGUUCGACCAGCUCGUGCUCGCCCACCAACCAUCAAAACCGAUUCACCAAAUACACAACCACAACCAUCAGUAACAUCACCUACUGGCUUGGCAAAACCUCCUGCAGUCCCCACUGGUACUCGUCCCUCAUCUUUAUUAACACGUCGUCCUCCCACCACAAGUACUGCUGAACAAUCUGCGCCACCUCUACCUCGACCUACUACUUCACCACCUGUACCAUCAAGACGUACUAAUUCAGUUAUAAAGGAACAACAUCCUCCUGCAUCUCAUAAACGUACUCCUUCUAUUCCUUUGGUAUCUCCUGACCUUCCUCCUAUACGUCAAGAUUAUGCUCAUGAUCAACAUCCUGUCAGACCGUCACGACCUGUUCCUUCACCAUCAUCUGCUGCUUCAAAUAUGACAACACCCAUAAGUCCUACUUCAGAGGAUAAAACUUUUGGAUUGGCGAAACCUCCCAAGGUAAAUAUUUUGAUUGUAGAACUUUGGCAAGCAGCAAGUAGGACCUAUGGCACCACCUCGAACAUCUCGACCAAACAGUCAAGCAUCAUCAGUUCACACUCAAGAUACAACAUCAUUGCAAGGUUUAGCUGAAGAACAUAAAUCUGAAAACGACGACAUUCCUGCACCUUUACCUCCACCACGUGGACCAAAGCGAUCCAUUCCACCUGUGCCAUCUAGACAAAGUAUUAGUGAAGAAGAACCCUUGACUGGUCGACAUUCCCGUGAAACAUCCUACAGUAGCACUGCUAGCAAGAAUGAAGAUAAACCCGUAUCAUCACCACCCGUCAUCUUACCCACAAGAAGUAUAGGCUCAUUUCACAGUAGCAACAAGAAUGAUGAUGAUAUAAGCUCAGUAACAUCUUCGUCAAU